AUGGCAAACCUGUGCUCCAGCUUGUUCGUCGCCGCCGUACUGUUGCAGAGAGAUGGAAACAUUGGAAAAGCCAUAAAUGCGCUUUUCUCAAUACCUGGUCUUCUGUACGAAACUACAAUUUACUGCGUAUUUGCCCACAUCAUGUCCGAUCAGAGCGAGAGGCUGAUGUACUCCGCCUUCUGCUGCGGCUGGGUCAACAACGACGCACGAUUCAAACGCAGCCUGGGCAUCUUCAUGAUGAUGACAGUACGACCGAUCGUAAUCACGGUGGGCAAGACGUGCAAACUGUCCAAGCAGAUGCUGCUGCAGGUCUUGAACGGAACGUACGGCUUAUUGAACAUGCUCUACUACAUGCAUAGAAGCAAAUGAAACGUCACCGAAGAGGCAGACCUGAAGACCA